AUGGAUCGUAAAGGUGGCAGCGACACUCUCUCAGCAAAAAGUGACCUUCAAUCCGAGAAAAAAGAUCGCAAAAAGGAUCGUAAAAAUGAUAAAACUGAUAAAAGAAAAGAUGGAAAAAUGGAUCGUAAAGUUGGCAGCGACACUCUCUCAGCAAAAAGUGACCUUCAAUCCGACAAAAAAGAUCGCAAAAAAGAUCGUAAAAAGGAUCGUAAAAAUGAUAAAACUGAUAAAAGAAAAGAUGAACCUGACCGUCCGUCCGCCACAAAACGUCGUAAAAUUAAUAGCGACAGUGACACUGAUGUCACCGACCGCAAAAUGGAUCGUAAAGUUGGCAGCGACACACUCUCAGCAAAAAAUGACCUUCAAUCCGACAAAAAAGAUCGCAGAAAAGAUCGCAAAAAAUAUCGUAAAAAUGAUAAAACGGAUAAAAGUAAAGAUGAAGGUGACCGUCCGUCCGCCACAAAACAUC